AUGGCUCCUAAGCCGAAGACGAAGGGGGCUCAGCCGAAGGCAGCUCAGCCGAAGGCAGCUCAGCCGAAGGCAGCUCAGCCGAAGGCAGCUCAGGCCAAGGCUGCGGAGAAGCCAGCUGACUGUAAGACUCAGCAGGAAGCUUGUCAGACACCGUCUCAGAAAGCAGCGGCGACGGUGUCAAGCAUGAGCACCUCGCCGGUGCACAAUCACAGGCGUGUGGCGGCAGACAUCCUGGCACCUCUUCUGGACUAUGUCGAGGAGAUGGAGAAGUCCGAUGUCAGACCCAUUGCCUACGCUGGCAUCCAGGCGUUUGACUGCGCCAACUACGCUCAGGAGAUGUCAGACAAAGGCAAGUACACGUGUGUGGCAUUCGAGUCAGAUGUCUGGCCAAACUACGGAAGUAUUGUCAGAAGUUACAAGCACCACUUCUGUACGUCAGAUGGUCUCCUGACGGAUAAGAUUUGCCAGCCGCAGCAUGCGGGGACAUGGGAAGUCGCCGACAAGAGCGUCUUCAGGAUGGGCUGGCUCAUGGGGUUCGCGCAAGCACGUGAGACCAAAGCCAUGGAUGUGGUCAAGAGGUUCGAGGAAGCCAGCUGCUCUGUAGCCGUUACUUUCCAGCUGGUCGUGUCAGACGACGAGUUUGGUGUGCUCCGGCGACAGCUUGAGGAGAACAUCAAGUCGGACGCUCUGACGGCCCAGCUUUUUGGCUACAAGGAGUGCCUUCAAACUCACCAGGUGUCAGAAUCACUGAAGCGUCAGAACAAGCCGCAUACAUCGUCAGACGUUGCGGCUUGGUUCUCCAAGAUCAACUUCGCGGAGGAGACCAUCGGUCAGAAGACCGUGGAGUGCCACUUGAAGAUCGUGAAACGUAUGACUGAAGUGGCAAUCAACCAUUUGGACGGCUUGGAGUACGCUUUCGGUAAGACACACCCCUUGGCCAAAUGGGCCGCGCUCGACACCCUCUGCGGUAAGACGUCAUGCCCCAAGAACCUUCCGCUGCAAGACAAGCUGCUGAACUUCGUUGUGGCUGGGAUUCAUGUCAGACUGCUCAGGGGCACGUUGGCACAAAACGUCAGGGAGGACAUCCGCCACAAGGUCAUCCCGUGUUUCCUGGCCUUGCGUCGGAUCUCCCAUUAUGUGGCCUGGAAGAUCCAAUGUAAGAACAUCGGAACGGUUUUUGGCGACUGGUCAGACUUCCAUAUCAUGUUCCCUCGUGGCAAGUUCAUGGAGCUUGCUGGCGGCAACACGCCAGAGGUCACAGCGUUUACGGAGAAGUUCGUCAGACCGUCAGAGCGAGCGGCAGCCACGGGUCUCCACAUGCUGUAUGACGGGAACGCGGACCACAUUCUCCUGAAAUGCCUUUCCAGAGACUCGAACAUGUCAGCAGAAGGUAUUCUGGCAUCGUCAGACUUCGCCUCCGAGGAUUUGUUUGACUUGGACAAGAUUCUCCAGCUGCACGAGGAGGAGACCGCACCGCCACCGCCACCGAGUACGACGCCGGCAGCUGGCGAGCAGGACAGUCAGACCGCAGCCUCGGAGAGUGUUGUGGACGAUGGCAAUGACUCGCAGGCCACCCUGGUUCUGGGACAGCAUCUUACGUCAGAUCAUUCUGUCGAAAAGCCCGUAGUGGACGAGCUUCUCGCGGAGAAUGAGGACGAGCAGGUGAUCAGCAAGGAAAACGAAAUGGUUCGUCAGAUGUUGGAGUCAGAUCUUUUUCCUUCACUGACUCUGCCCAGUCUGGCGUUAGACAGCUUCCACAACGUCUCGCCAGAUGCCGUGCAGAACAUGUAUUCCUUUGCCAGCUCUCGUCAGGUUCUUACUUUUAAGAAACCCUGUCUGACACAGUACGCUACGUUCAUUGAGGAGCCAGACAACAGCAAGUGGAAAGAGGCCCUGGCCCAGUCCGGGGGGAAGGUUGACAGGGUACUGUACAUCUAUGAUGCAACGUGCCGGUACGACAGGGCUGCAUUGUCUGGUAAGACCUAUCGACUGCUUCCUCCACUGGACGAAAGUCAUUACCAGAGCGUGCUGACGUCACUGUUGGCGCCAGAGGGUGAUCCUUCAGCGACAGAUACAUUCUUCCGCAAGAAUGACCUCUUGUUCCUGAAGGAUGCCCGCAGGUCGAGCAACUUCAACAAGAUGGGUCGCAUCGCGUCUUGA